AUGCCUGCCACCAACCAGGGCUGGCCCGAGGACUUCGGCUUCCGGCUGGGAGGCUCCGGCCCCUGCUUCGUCCUGGAGGUGGCCGAAGGGAGCAGCGCGCACGCCGGGGGACUGCGGCCCGGGGACCAGAUCCUGGAGGUGGAGGGGCUGGCCGUGGGCGGCCUGAGCCGCGAGCGCCUGGUGCGCCUGGCCCGGCGCUGCCCGCGCGUGCCGCCCAGCCUCGGCGUGCUCCCGGGCCCCGACGACGGCGCCGGCCCGGGACCCGGUUCCGGCUCCGCGCCCCCGACCACAGCCCUAAGGCCUUCGCGCCCGGGCCGUGGCCUGUGCCUGGGCCGCGAGCUGCUGCGCCUGGGGGGUCGCAAGCGCCCCGACGCCGUGCACCGAGAACGACGGCGCAAGGCCCAGGAAUUCAGCCGCAAGGUGGACGACAUCCUCGCGGACCAGCCGAUGGCCAAGGAGCAGGUGUUCGCGGCCCUGAAGCAGUUCGCGGCCGAGCAGCGUGUGGACGCGCUGGUGCGGGCGCUCACCCUGGCCCUGCCCCGCGAGGCCCGAGGGCCGCUCCUGGACAGCCUCAGGAUCUUCAUCCCCAAGAAGCACCGGGCGCGCUUCGACGAAGUGGUAUCGCAGGGUCUGCUGGGCAAGCUGUGCCGCGCCCGGCGGGCGCAGAGCGCCCAGCGGCUGCGCCGGAGCCGCAGCGAGGAGCGGCCGGAGCGCCUCCUGGUGUCCACGCGCGCCAGCGCCGCUCCGCGCCGCCCGGACGAACCACCCCCGCACAAGGCCCCUUCGCUUCUGGGCUGCCACGCUGGCCCCGGGGGCGCGCGCAGGACAGUCCGCAUCUACAAGGGCAACAAGAGCUUUGGCUUCACACUGCGCGGCCACGGGCCUGUCUGGAUCGAGUCUGUCCUGCCUGGGAGCCCGGCAGACAGUGCUUCCCUCAGGUCCGGCGACCGGAUCCUCUUCCUCAAUGGACUGGAUAUGAGGAACUGCUCCCACGACAAGGUGGUGUCCAUGCUGCAGGGCAGCGGCGCGAUGCCCACGCUGGUGGUAGAGGAGGGGCCCGUCCCAUUCGCCAGCGACUCUGAUUCUCUGGAUUCCCCCAACCCGUCCUCGGCGCUCACCUCGCUGCAGUGGGUGGCGGAGAUCCUGCCGUCGAGCAUCCGCGUGCAGGGGAGGACCUUCAGCCAGCAGCUGGAGCACCUGCUCACGCCUCCCGAGCGCUACGGCGUCUGCCGGGCCCUGGAGAGCUUCUUCCAGCACAGGAACAUCGACACCCUCAUCGUCGACGUCUACCCUGUGCUGGACACGCCCGCCAAGCAGGUGCUUUGGCAGUUCGUCUACCAGCUGCUGACUUACGAGGAGCAGGAGCUCUGCCAGGAGAAAAUCGCCUGCUUCCUGGGCUACACAGCCAUGGCAGCAGAGCCGGAGCCAUCAUUGGACCUGGAGCCGGAGCCGGAGCCGGAGCCGGAGCCAGUGCCCGAGCUCCAGCGGCGGAGCUCCCUGAGGGCCUCCUCCAUGUGCCGCCGCAGCCUGCGGUCCCAGGGCCUGGAGACCAGCCUCAGCUGCGGUCCCAGCGACUGCCCCGAGAUGCCCCUUCCUCUGAUCCCGGGCGAGCGCCAGGCGGGCGAUGGCACUUCCCUCCCUGAAACUCCCAACCCCAAGAUGAUGUCAGCCGUCUACGCGGAGCUGGAGUCUAGACUGAGCAGCAGCUUCAAAGGGAAGAUGGGGACCACGUCCAGAUCCCGUGCCUCCCCGCCCACACCCAGUCCCACAGGCACAGCAGGGCCCAGGACUCUGUCCAGCAUCUCCUGGCCCAGCGAGCGGCUCCUGCCCUCUCCCUGCUACUACCCACUGUGCCCGGGGGGCCCGGCCUCGCCCAGCAGCUCCGAAUCCCACCCCUACGCCAGCCUGGACAGCAGCAGGGCGCCCUCCCCACAGCCAGGCCCCGGGCCCGUCCACUCCGACAGCCCCCCCAGCCCGGACCUCGCCCGCCAGCCCAGCCGCAGGAAGCUCUUCACCUUCUCCCGGCCUGUGCGAAGCCGGGACGCCGACACCGACCGUUUCCUGGAUGCCCUGAGCCAGCAGCUGCGCCCCCGGGUCCCCAUCGGGGAUGACUUCCUGAGCCCGGAGAAUGACUAUGAGGAGAUGAGCUUCCACGAUGACGACCAGGGCAGCUUUGUCACCAAUGAGCGGAGCAGCGCUAGUGAGUGCAUCAGCAGCAGCGAGGAAGGCAGCUCCCUGACCUACUCCUCCAUCUCUGACCACAUCCCCCCGCCCCCACUGAGCCCCCCGCCGCCGCCGCCCUUGCCCUUCCAUGACCCCAAGCCCAGCUCCCGCGCCACUGACGGUCCCCGGGGCCCCGCUCAGACACUGGCCAAGCCCCUCACCCAGCUGAGCCACGCAGUCCCUCCACCGCCCCCGCCGCCCCCCCCACCGCCUGUGCCCUGUGCGCCCCCCAUGCUGUCCCGGGGCCUGGGUCACCGCCGCAGCGAGACCAGCCACAUGAGCGUCAAGCGCCUGCGCUGGGAGCAGGUGGAGAACUCGGAAGGCACCAUCUGGGGUCAGCUCGGGGAAGACUCUGACUAUGACAAGCUGAGCGACAUGGUGAAAUACCUCGACCUGGAGCUCCACUUCGGCACCCAGAAACCUGCUAAGCCAGUGCCGGGGCCCGAGCCCUUCAGGAAGAAGGAGGUGGUGGAGAUCCUGUCCCACAAGAAGGCCUACAACACCUCCAUCCUGCUGGCGCACCUGAAGCUGAGCCCCGCGGAGCUGCGUCAGGUGCUCAUGAGCAUGGAGCCCGGGCGCCUGGAGCCCGCGCACCUGGCGCAGCUGCUGCUCUUCGCGCCCGACGCCGACGAGGAGCUGCGCUACCAGGCCUUCCGCGAGGCGCCCGGCCGCCUCAGCGAGCCCGACCAGUUCGUCCUGCAGAUGCUAUCCGUCCCCGAAUACAAAACCCGCCUGCGCAGCCUCCACUUCCAGGCCACCCUGCAGGAGAAGACAGAAGAGAUCCGGGGCAGCCUGGAGUGCUUGCGCCAGGCCUCCGUGGAGCUCAAGAACAGCCGGAAGCUGGCCAAGAUCCUGGAGUUUGUGCUGGCCAUGGGCAACUAUCUCAACGACGGACAGCCCAAAACCAACAAGACCACAGGCUUCAAGAUCAACUUCCUCACGGAGCUGAACUCCACCAAGACGGUGGAUGGGAAGUCCACCUUCCUGCACAUCCUUGCCAAAUCGCUGAGCCAGCACUUCCCUGAGCUCCUGGGCUUUGCUCAGGACCUGCCUACGGUGCCCCUGGCUGCCAAAGUGAACCAACGGGCCCUGACCAGUGACCUGGAUGACCUCCACGGCACCAUCAGUGAGAUACAGGCUGCCUGCCAGAGCAUGUCCCCCUCCAGCGAGGACAAGUUUGCCGUGGUCAUGACGUCAUUCCUGGACAUGGCGCAGCCCGUGCUGCGGGCGCUGGACGGGCUGCAACGAGAGGCCAUGGAGGAGCUGGGCAAGGCGCUGGCCUUCUUCGGGGAGGACUCCAAAGCCACCACCUCUGAGGCCUUCUUCGGCAUCUUCGCGGAGUUCAUGAGCAAGUUCGAGCGGGCGCUCAGCGACCUGCAGGCCGGGGAGGGUGCGCGCAGCUCUGGGAUGGCUUCGCCCCUGGCCUGGUGAUGGAGGCCGCCCCACGACCCCUGCAGCCCAGGCACGGAGAGGAACGCCAGGGGCUGUGCCCAAGUGGGCGGCCUGCUGCCACCAAGGUUUGGGCCGUGCCUGCCCCUCCCACACCCCCUACCUGGGACCUCGGGCCGUUGUGGCCACUGAGCCCGUGUCUCCAGCUACCUCAGCUUUUGAACUUCGGCCACUGUGAAGGUGCGGGGUUCAGCAGGACCCCCAUCUCCCGGGCGCGGGGCAGGAGAGGACGUCAACUCCCAGGGAAUGUGAACCGCGUCUGCCCGUGGGCACUGGUGUGUUCACCCCGGGGGAACUGUCUACGGCUCCCACCCGGCUGCACCCCACAUUGCCCUGACUUCGUGCUUGUUGCCCUGCCUGGCUCCCAGGCAUGCCAGCGAGGGCAGCCAGCCCUCAGGACAUAGGGGACUUAGGGAGGGGGAGGGGCGGCGACCAGCAGGUGAAUUGAGACGUGGCCACGGCCCUGGGGUGGCGUCUGCUGUCUGAUGCUUUAUGGCGUGGCCAGAGCACACCAGGUUCUGAGGAAGGACAUCCAAACCUCCUUUCUUGGCCCGCUCAGAGCAGGCCCCAGGGGACAUGAUCGUAGAGCAGAGACAUCGAGGAUCCUACACCCUGGAGAAAGAGGCAGAGGCCUCGGACAGGCCAGCCACCCCAUGGUGCAUUACAAGGCCUGGAGGUCCCUCACCUGGCCGGGGCCUCCCGGGCCAAUCGGAGGAAGGCCGGCACAAAGGAAGGAGGGCCGCAGGCUGCGCCUGGCCUGGGUCUUGGAAGCUGAAGAAACUGCAAUUGGCUGCUGCCCAGAAGGCGGCA